UCUUGUGGAUGCCGAGGUUGAGGAAGAUCAUGCUGGUGUUUGGGCUGCUGCUGCUGAUACUGCAAACUGCUGCAUGUGUGGAGCGGUUCUGCAGUUUUACUCAGUCAGAUCCCUGUUAUGCAGCUCUGGGACACAAACUCAAUCUGCAGAUGGUGAACGCCAGUAAAUAUAGCCUGACCAUAAUAAAGAGAAUAAACAACAUAGAUGAUGCAGUUUGUAGAGUAAGAAAUGACACAAAGAGAGCAAAUGUAUGUGAUCUUUACAUAAACAGACCUGAAGUGAGAAUCAUUAAAGGGACUGUGAUGAUAAACUCUGUGAAGAGAGAAGAUUCAGGAAAUUACAGAUUAGAACUCUUUAAUCCUGACGGCACAGAAACAUCUCAAUAUCUUCAGGUGAAUGUUGAAGCUCCUGUUGGCUCAGUGCAAGUGUCAAUCAUCUGCUCCUCCAAUCAGAUGAGGUCAGUGUCCUGCUCCUCUGAGGGGGAUCAGCUCCUCUACAGCUGGACUCUCAAUGGAGAUACACUGAUGGAUGGAAACAGCAACAUUCAGCUUCAAGAGGAAACUAAAGGAGAAAUCACCUGCACUGUGAAGAACCACGUCAGCCAAGAAAACACGACUGUUAGCAUUGAAGACUGUCCUGGAUUGACUACUGAGGCUGUGACCUCUAGUUUGACCUCUACAGUGACCUCUAGUUUGACCUCUACAGUGACCUCUAGUUUGCUCUCUACAGUGUCCAACAACCCAACAACAUCAAACUGUGUGUCUGGGUGGUUUGUGCUGGUCUGGUUUUUUCAGCUGAUGACUCUGUUCGCUCUGUUAGGAGGAUUUCACAUCUACAUCCACACACAAGUCAGGAAAAAAAACAGAUCAAAACUUGAGAACACGGGGCGAUUUAGAGAAGAACACAGAGCAGAAGAUUCAACAGAUUAGCAGCAUCUCAUCACAACUACAAUUGACUUCAUGAUGUUGAAGAGUUUUGCAUGGAUGCACAGUUUAUUUUCAAAUUUAGAGGGUUUUUUAAUUUUUACUUUAGUCUGCAGGUUUUGAUUGAUUUCUCAUUGAUUAAUUUCUCAUUGUUAAACUUUUCCUCUUGGUCUUUACCUCAGUUUUGAGAUGUCUGGUGUUUUGCAGUUUCCUUCUUGCAUUUGCAUUUAGUGAUUUUAAUUUUACAAGAGAGAACUUAAAGGCCUACAAGUCUUUGCAUGCCAACA